AUGGCUGAAGAAGUCUCCUCGGGGUUUAUUUCAGCUAUAAAAUGGGUGAACAUGGUCUUCUGCAUCUUAGGCAUUAUCGUGAUGGCCACUACCAAUUCUCUCAUGUGGACGUUCUUUAGCCGGGGCCUCAGUUUCUCCAUGUCUUCGGCCAUUGCGUCUGUCACAGUGACUUUUUCAAACAUCCUCAGCUCGGCCUUCCUGGGCUUUGUGUUGUAUGGAGAGUGCCAGGAGGUCUUGUGGUGGGGAGGUGUGUUCCUCAUCCUGUGCGGACUCAGCCUGAUCCACAGGAAGCUGCCACCAAGCGGGAAGGCCCCUCCACACAAGCAACAGUGA